CUUCUUUAUCACAACGGAGACAUUUUUGAAUGCUGGGAUCUGAACUGACAAACUGACAGUGAGUGGAUUAUAACUGAAAAGGACUUUGUUUUGGUGAGUUUUGUUAUAAACUAAACUAAAAUAUCUGAAAAUCAGUGGAAAUGACUGAGAAACUUGCAAUCGUAGAAAAUUUCUUGAGCUGCCACGUGUGUUCAGAGACUUUCAAAGAUCCUGUGUCUCUGUGCUGCAGCCACAGCUUCUGUUCAAGCUGCCUGCAGAAAUUCUGGGAACAAACUACAAACAAAAACUGUCUGAUUUGUAAAAGAAAAUCUUCAAAGGAUGAAACAUCUAUAAACGUUUCUCUCAAAGUACUUGCUGACUCCUUUGCUAAGAGGCAGAGUGAGAGCUCACCUGAGACAGAAAAAGAAAAGGAGGAAGAGAAGGAGGAGGUGGUGUGUGAUAAACAUCCAGACGUCCCUUACUGGUACUGUGAGGAUGAAGACAGAGCUGUGUGUCCUGUGUGUGAGUUUUCUCUCCACCAGAGUCACAAAGUGGUUCCUGUAGAAGAAGCAGUCAGUGACCUGAAGGAGCAGCUGAAAUCUGACUUAAAGUCUCUGCAGGACAAGAGGAACAAAUACAAACAAGUGGAGGAAACAUACAAUGAAAUGAGGGAACACAUGAAGAAGCAGCUGUUGUCCACAGAGAGGCAGAUCAGAGCAGAGUUCAAGAAGCUCCAGCAGUUCCUGAAAGAGGAAGAGGAGUCCAGACUGGCAGCUCUGAGGGAGGAAGAGGAGCAGAAGGGGAGGACUAUCAGCAGAGAGAUGAAGAUGAUUGAGGAGCAGAUCUCCUCUCUGUCAGACAGCAUCUGUGCUGUUGAAGAAGAGCUGCAGAAACACAGCGUGCCAUUCCUCAGCAGUUAUAAAGACACUCAGAGCAGAGCCAGAGCCCAGAGCUCAGUGUCAGAUCCACAGCUGGUCUCAGGAGCACUGAUAGAUGUGGCCAAACACCUGGGCAACCUGUCCUUCAGAGUGUGGGAGAAGAUGAAGGAGAAGGUCCACUUCAGUCCUGUCAUUCUGGACCCAAACACUGCAAACCGCUGGCUCUAUCUGUCUGAUGAUCUGACCAGUGUGAGACAAGGAGACACAUGGCAGCAGCUUCCUGAUAAUCCGGAGAGAAACACUAAUUAUACCAGUGUUUUUGGCUCUGAGGGCUUCAGCUCAGGGAAACACAGCUGGGAGGUGGAGGUGGGAGACCAUCCUGACUGGAUAGUGGGUUUAGUUAAAGAGUCAGUUGACAGGAAGGGAGAGUGUUUUGCAUCACCAACAUGUGGAAUCUGGUGUUUAACACAUUACAGGGGAAAAUACACUAAUGGUGAUGGUCAGACUGUGACAGUGAAGAAGAGUCUCCAGAGGAUCAGAGUCCAGCUGGACUAUGACAGGGGGGAGGUGUCCUUCUAUGACCCUAAAGACAUGACUCUGAUCUGCACUCACAGAGACACUUUCACUGAGAAACUCUUCCCAUUUUUUAACAUUGGAGAGGCAGGAGACGCCAAAACCUCUGAUAUCAAAAUCUGUGAGACGGAGAUUUCUUUGAAAACUGCAACGAGGUCUCUGUGAGUUUUUUGUUACAGCUUGUUUUGUGGUUGUUUGCUUUUCAAUUUCGGUUACCCCUGUUGUUAUUUUUUUAUGUGAAAAAUUUCAGAAAGAAAAAUUUAGUACCUGAAGCUUUUUAUACAAUAAGAUACAAAUUAUUUUCAAAACACAGAGUAAAACAAAAUCAUAAAUGUAAUAUUUUCUGUUUUGUUGUAAAUUCAGUUUGAAGGUGUUUAAAGUCAUUAAGUGUUCAUGAAACUGUUUUUAAACAUUUCAUCAGUAUAAAAUAGAUGUGACAUUGAUAAACAAGCACUGAUAAAUGUCACUUUCUUUAUCUUUAUCAGGUAUUUAGAUCCAUAUCAGCUAAUAACAGCAUCGUGACAAUUUGUGCUUCUAAUGUCUGCUUUUAAUACUUAACUGUCAGUGAUUCAUUUAAAUGUGUUUCUUAUAGCAUGUUCUCCAUUAUGUUGCAAAAUAAGCCAAACUGUGUACAUUGGUGUAAUAGUUCAGCCAUGUUUUUCUUUAGAACGUGUCAUUGCAGAAUAAUGUUGACUGUCUGACAUUUAUUCAGUUGUAUUCAUACAAACUAAAGCUCAUUCUUUGUUUUUUAGAUUGUUCCUAAGUUCUGUAUAAAUUGCUUUGUCAGAUACAGACACUGUUUUCUUUGUUACUGACUGACCCGAAACAUUUAUUUCAUAAUUGUUGAACAUUUGUACAGUUGGAGCUGCUGUUUGUUCCAGUGUGUUUCUGUGAACUCUCACUUCAUAUUCCAGAUCACAUCAGCACAUUCAGGAUUUAGUCUUGUUAACUGUGGAUUUCCUGUUUUUCACCUGCAGAACAAAUCUGAUGAAAAUGUCGGAAACACGAGUUCACUGACUUCCUGGAUUAUUUUCUGUCAAUAAAAAUAUCAAAGUCUG